UUCGUACUAACCAUUGCUGUUCCGCCCACAAGGGAAAUAUGAUGCGUGAAAUAAGUCUGAAGAUUCUUGGGGCCUGGGUUGCUUCUCUUAGAGGCAAAAUUUCUUACAUAUCUGCCCUAUUAAUGUCGCAUUUUGGGGUCACAAUAUUGGCACGCAACGUCUAGUUAGCAUUUAAGCUUAUUGAAGUACGGUGACCAAAAGGACACACACGAAACCCAUGAAAAACUGAAUCACAAUGGUUGUGCUGGCACUUCUGACAUUGUCACUUGAAGUCCCGGCCACCGCAUUGAACCACAGACACACAUUUCAGGUUCCUGUAGGCCUCAUGGGAAGUACAGCCAACUAAAGGGAACAUUAAGACUCGGCUUGCUGAAAAAGCUUAGCCACUGAAGGAGAUGUCAAAACACACAGCAACAUAUGAGCAGAGAAUGAAUCUUCUCCACAGUGAAGUCACCAGCUCACAUUUCAUUUCCUUAAUUGGAUUUAAAAAUCUGUGAAACUCUGGUGAACGGCCAUGAAACAUGCCAUUAAUCCGAACUACCUGUGUCAGAUCUAACGCGGUAAUUUAGUUGUGAGGUCUUAAUUUAAUGAGGAAUCAGCCACACACUUGGGAGAUUAGGAGCAAACACGAGGACGGACGUGGUGGGGGUCAACAUUUGGAGUUUCUCAUGGACUCCAACUGGAUUUGUCAAGUCCGAAGAUUAGCAUCUAAUAGGAUCAGUGGUGGCAAGGUCAGUGUGUGGCCUCACUUUGGUCUGUGAUGAAUUCAGGAAGAGCCGGUCACCAUGAGCAUCAUCUGAGGGCGGCACAUAUCUGACGUCUCCUGCACUUCAGCUGUGACAGCAGAGGGAAAAACAACAGAGGCAGGUUCACUGAAAAUAAAGAUGUUUUGACGGGAGAACCGGGAUGCUAUAAAACACACAUAAGCUAAAUCCCCAUAUCCUGCUGAAACAAUCAAUAACAAGACCAAACACAAAAAGAUCAAAAUACAUGGCGAGGAUGUUGUCAGUAUUGGAGAUUAUUUUCCUUUUUUUUAAACAUCUCUUUGACUACACAGUAAAGUGCUUUUCUGUUGGACUUGGUGCCAUCACCAUCAUUUCAUUUAACAACCUCAAGGUGCCCAGUCAUAAUGGACGGUCAGGCUCUGACUCUGAGUCAGAGCUGUUCAGAUUGACUGAAGACUGCAUUUCAUAGCUUUGCAUUUUAGUUUUCUGUAAGUUUGUCUUAUUAGAACAUUAACUUAUUGUAACUAAAGCUAUAUAUAUAUAUAUAUAUAUAUAUAUAUAUAUAUAUUCUAUCACACACACACAUAUACAUAUAUAUAUAUAUGUAUAUAUGCUGAAUACAUCCAACUUAGUCUUACUAUUAGUUAAUUAUUUGAGAGCACUAUCGUGACUUACAACAGUAAUAGUUGAAAGAAUAUGCAUUUUAGAAAUAGGAAUAUGAUGAAGAUAAGAAUGAUGUGGGCCCAUAUUAGUUGCAUUUCCUUAUGUAGUGGCACAUUUAUUUCUUGAUAUUGACAACCGUGCCGUUUCGUAAUACUCGAUCGAUGCCUAGAAAACCUCUAUUCAAAAGUGAAACAUUGCUGAGGAGCCCGCUGACUUAAAGGGAGAUGGGCAUCCAACUUGAGACAAUCUGGCAAACAAAGGACGACAUCACCUUCUGUAAUUAGGAAAGCUCAAUAGUUUCAGGGGUUUUAACUCUUUUGAGUAAAAUAAUGUAAUCCCCUUAAGAGGGAUUACCACACUGCUGUCAAUCUUUGUUUGCCGUUAACUGGUAACAGCUCGAAUGUGUUAUUGUUGUGGAUUGAGCUCAGACAGGAUGUGUCAUGAUGUGUUAGUCAAGUGAUCAUAACAAGCAUUUCAGCUGGCUUCGUUUCCAUGAGAAGACCAUUUUGCUUUUUUUUUUUUUUUUUAAAGGGAGUUAACAAUUCACAAGCCACUUUUCUGGCAACAAUAUAGUGGCACUUUGAUUAAACACUGAGCUGUCAUUUUUCAAUCCUUGUAUGUGCAGCAAAUCUCGUAGUUAUGAUGAUUUUUUCUUUCUUUUUUUUGUAACCGCAUAAUCUGUAAAUCCAUAAUCUUCCUCUUUUUCCGACAGCCUGACAUGGACAUGACAUCUGGAGGAGUGGAGAGAUGGUUUUAAGAUUUAUGUAAGUCGCGCUGGAGUAUGGGGAUGCACUUGGAUGGGGAGGAGUCAGGUGCAGGGCCAAAUCCUGCAGGACGUCCCCUCGGUGACGCGCGGCGGGGCUGCAACGGGAGCAGGUGGUCUUCACUGGAGGCGUCUUUAAAAGCCCUCGCUGGAGACGUGUCGGGCAUAUUGCGAGCCACAACUUUCCGUUUGGCUCGAACUUACCACGAAGCCUCCCACCACGACCACAGCUUCCCUCAGACAGAUGUGGCUUCUGGGGUCACCUGCUCAGCUGAUGAUGAUGGAGGAGAGACUGUCUCCUUCCGCGCGCGCCCUCCAGAGUCCGGCCCAUCCGUCCACGGUGCACAGCAUCGAGGCGAUACUGGGGUUCAGAGAAGACAUCAUUUUCCACAAGUCGGCCGCCUACACCUGCUCUGAGAAAACUGGGGCGAAAGAUGCGGAGCGCAGCGGGAACACGAACGCGUCGCCCGCGAAGAAAAGUAUCUACGCGGAAACUUUUGACGGUGUCUGCUGCCCGAGCAGCUCUGUUGACGGCCCGGUCUGUCCGGACUCACCUGACAGAGAAGGGAAACUGUCCGACGACGAGAACCCGAAGAAGAAACAUCGGCGGAACCGAACCACGUUCACCACUUUUCAAUUACAUGAACUGGAGCGCGCGUUCGAAAAGUCUCAUUACCCGGAUGUGUAUAGCCGAGAGGAGCUCGCGUUGAAGGUCAACCUGCCGGAGGUUCGAGUCCAGGUUUGGUUCCAGAAUCGAAGGGCCAAGUGGCGGCGCCAGGAAAAGCUGGAGGUCAGCGCUAUAAAACUGCAGGAUUCCUCCUCCCUACUCUCCUUCAGCCGAUCCACGUCCACUAAUCUGGGCUCUGGACUGCAGCUGGACCCUUGGCUGACCGCCCCACUGACCACCUCUACCUCUCUACAGUCUCUCCCCGGCUUCAUCGGCAACUCGCAGGGCCUCACAGGCACUUAUACAUCAUCACCUCCCCCCUCCAUGCCCUCGUCUCUGCCUGCUCCCUUCCUAAGCUCCCCUACAAUGGGACAUACUCCUCACUUGCCUCGCAUGGGCUCCAUGUGCCCGCCAGCCUAUCAGUGCUCAGCGGACCCCAGGAACUCCAGUAUUGCCUCCUUGCGGCUAAAGGCCAAGGAACAUAUCCAGUCUAUUGGGAAGACGUGGUGAUCUGGAUUUUGGAAGUACGCAACUGACUAUAUGCCACCUCCUGACGGGAUUGUAUGAUUUAAAAAAAAAAAGACUUCAUUUGAAAAUCUGAUCACUUUAUUAACCUGCUGACUGAAAAGCUGUGAGCUUGAAUAUUUGUGUCACCUUUUUGUUUCUUUUUUUGCCGACAAAAUCCAGUCCUACUUCACCGUCUUUACUGCCGUGACUAUGAAACUUUAACAUCAGCAUCAUUUACUGCAUCUAUUUAUUAUUGAACCCGUUUUGUGACUGUGAUCCAUGAUGACAUUUGUUCCUUGCCGUCAGAGAAUUAACAAAUGUGACACAUUCUUCUCCCCAAUAAAGCC